AAUAAGUUCUGUAAAACUAAAUCAAACAAAUCAAAAUGUUCAAAUUCUUCGCUUUGUGCUUGUUCGCCGUUGUUGCCUUGGCUGCCGCUAAACCCGGUAUUGUUGCCCCCUUGGCCUACUCUGCUCCCGUAGUAGCUGCUGCUCCCUACACAGCCGCCUACACUGCUCCUUACACCGCCGCCUACACCGCUCCCUAUGCUGCUGCCUACUCCGCAUACUCUGCCUAUCCUUAUGCUGCCUCUCCUUAUGUAGCUUCUCCCUACACCGCUGCUUACUCCGCUUACCCUUAUGCCGCUUCUUAUGUCUUGCGCAAGUAGAUUGUAGGCCAAUUGGGUAUAAAGGAUUUGGAUUUUCAGUUGAAUGAAAGGAAAAGAAUAUUUUGAUAAUGGAAUUUAUAUGACUGACAAAAUAAAUCAAUUUUACUCUUAAAGAGUUGAAUUAAAAAAAAAUAUCGAAAAA